AUGAUUAAUUUAAAGAAAAAAACUAUUCUGUCGCUACUUGUGACAAUAUUUGUUGCUUAUUCAAUUUUAUCAAAUGAUAAUUUAAAAUCAAUCUUUAAUAUUAAUAAAUCUAACAAUUCUUUAAAAACUGAGCCAGUAGUGAUUAUUGGUACUGGGUUAGCCGGUCUUUCAGCAGCUUAUGAAAUAUUAAGUACAAAUCCAGAAGUUAAAGUUAUACUAUUGGAGAAGCAAGCUUUUGUUGGUGGGAAUUCAAUGAAGGCUUCAAGUGGUAUAAAUGGUCUUUUUUCAUCCAUACAAAAGCAUUUCAAUAUUGAAGAUUCAAUUGAAGCUUUCUUAGAAGAUACUACUAAAUCAGCAAGCAAUUUAGGUGAUAAAAAAUUGAUGGAAAAAUUGGUUUUCGAUUCUCCUAGUGUCAUUCCAUGGAUACAAGAAAAGUUGGGUCUUAAAAUGGAUCGUUUAAGUCAGUUAGGUGGCCAUUCUUUCCCAAGAACGCAUAGAUCGGAUACUAAGUUACCUCCUGGUGUAGAACUUAUUAAAACUUUAAACGAUAAACUAAAAGCGUUUGCAAACGAUCAUCCAGGAACUCUGAUAUUUUCAUUCAAUAGUAAUGUGAUUGAUUUAAAUAUCAAUUCAAAAGAUGAAGUAGCUGAGGUGAUUUAUUUGGAUAACAAUGACAAAUCGAAGCCUUCUGUUGAAAAGUCAAUUAAAACCUCAAACGUACUCUUUGCCACUGGUGGGUUUGGCUUCUCUAAAGAAAUGCUAGAUAAAUAUGCUCCACAAUUGAAGCAUUUACCAACUACUAAUGGGGAACAAACUACUGGAGAUGGUCAAAGACUUUUAGAAAGGCUAGGAGCAGAGCUCAUUGAUAUGGAUCAAAUCCAAGUCCAUCCAACUGGGUUCAUUGAUCCUAAUGAUAGAUCUAAUAAUUGGAAAUUUUUGGCUGCAGAAGCUUUAAGAGGUCUAGGUGGAAUCUUAUUGAAUCCAAAAGAUGGUAAAAGAUUUGUUAAUGAAUUAGAAACAAGAGAUGUAGUAACAAACGCUAUCCAGACAUAUUGCCCAAAGGAUGGCAAAGCAUUUCUCGUCAUGAGUAAAGAUCUAUAUCAAGAAUACAUAAAUAACAUGAAGUUCUAUGAGUCCAAGGGAUUAAUACAGUUACAUACAAUUAAAACAUUUAUUGAAGAUUAUAAUAUUCCAAUAUCAGAAGCUGAGUUAAUACAAGAAUUAAAAGAAUAUCACAUUUUGCCUGAAAAAUCAUUAGGCCGUAAAGUGUUCUUAAAUAAUUUUGGCCCAGAUAUUAACUCGUCAUCGGAACUUUAUAUUGGUGAAAUAACACCAGUAGUUCAUUUUACUAUGGGCGGUGUUAAGUUUAAUACGAACUCUGAAAUUUUGGGUAAAAACAAUGAACCAUUAGCAAAAGGGUUAUAUGGUGCAGGUGAAGUAACUGGUGGCGUCCAUGGGCAUAACAGAUUAGGUGGAUCUAGCCUGUUAGAGUGUGUAGUAUUCGGUAGAACUGCAGCAAAGAAUAUUUUGAAGAAUUUCUAA